AUGCUGAGGUUUUAUUCCAUAUCAAGUCGGGGCCGGUGGAGCUGCGCUCGCCCGAUCGAAAGCUCCUCGGCUCAGAGGCAGUCGCUGUUCAACGAACUUUCUGGAAACGGAAUUGGGCUAAUUUUUGUAAGACGAUGGUGUUCUGGUGGGGUUUGUAAGAGUAAAGCACAACUGGAUGGAAAAACAGUGAUCGUUACUGGCGCUAAUGUUGGGAUUGGAAAGGAGACUGCCAAAGAUCUUGCUCAGAGAGGGGCACGUGUAAUAUUAGCUUGCCGUGAUUUGGAAAAGGCCAGUAAGGCAGCUGAUGAGAUCCGAAAAGAAAGUGGGAACAGAAAUGUCCUGGUGCAGAAACUGGAUUUGUCGUCACUUCGGUCUGUGCGUUCCUUUACAAACAAAAUUGUAGAAACUGAAACACGCCUGGACAUCCUCAUCGAUAAUGCAGGUAUCAUGAGGUCAAAGUGGAAGACUGAGGAUGGGUUUGAGAUGCAGUUUGGAGUUAAUCAUUUGAGUCAUUUUCUCCUAACGAACUUCCUGCUGGACCUGCUCAAGAAGUCUGCACCAGUUACUGUGUCCAGUUUAGCCCACAUCCGUGGGAAAAUUAAUUUUGAUUACAUUAAUUUGGAAAAUUGUUAUGAUCCUGCUGUUAGUUAUGAACAGAGCAAGCUGGCCAAUGUCCUGUUCACCAGGGAACUUGCAAAGAAAUUAAAAGGCACUGGAGUUACUGCCAAUUGUCUCCAUCCGGGAGUAAUAAAGACUGAAUUGUUAUGUCACAUGUACCCUACUCUGUCAAUAUGGUCAAAGAUUCUCCUGGUACCUCUAUCCAUUCUCACGUUUAAGAGUGUAUGGCAGGGAGCUCAGACAAACAUCUAUUGUGCAGUUUCUGAGGAACUGGACGAUGUUAGUGGCCUGUACUUCAGUGAUUGUGCUGUUAAAGCAGUUGCCCCUCAAGGCAGAGAUGAUGAGCCUGCAAAGAGACUUUGGGAACUCAGCGAAAAGAUGGUGGGUCUAGAAUCUGAAGGACAACGACUUCAUGUUCCUGAAUCCUGAGAUGUUAAUCCAUUUGUCUUUAUUCUACAUUCCUGAUUGAAACUUCUUAUAUACAGGGUGUGUGGUGGUGUUUCGGAGUAUCUUAAUAUGCAAUAUUAUCAGUUCUGAGAGAAAAUUAUUGUCACCGUUUUAGGAUGUUCUGGCCUGUGGUUUGUGCAGAUUUUGAAGUUUAGACAGGGUCAAUUAAAUCAUAGUAUCUUUCAAGACAAUAAAAUUCAGUAAAUUUCAAGAUGUUGCAUAACUGUUACUGAUUUCAAAUGUGCAGUUUGUAGGGAGAGGAAAUGCAAAGAUCAUUCUAUCACAGGCACGGUCACUGGCUUUUAAUUCAGAUGGAAAGAUCAAUGUCAUUCCAACAUACAAUUUCAAAAGUUACAUAAAAACUCAUGAGUAAAAUGGAAUGACUUAUUUGAUGAAUACAAUGGCCUGGAUAUUGGGAAGCAAGACAUGACUGUAGUGUAUGAAAAUUAUAUAAUGUGUCCAGUGAAAUAUUUUACUGUUAUUCCAACCUUGUAACAUUCUAAUUGUAAUUAUGGAUGCAAGAAUUUAUAAUGGAAACUUGACACACUGCAAGUACACCUUCCCAUUUGGCAGGAGCAUAUGAUCCCAGUGUGCUAGUUAAAAUAUUUAUAAAUCUGAAUAUGAGAAUGCAAACAGAAUAAUAAUAGCAUAGGAUUCUGUAAAAUGAGAACUGUAAUACAUCUGUACUUCCUCAUCCAAAAUAUUGCACACCCUCUAGCCCCACCUCACAAUUGCAUCCCAGGUUAGGUAGGUAAUGCACUCACUCUUUGGUCAGGAGGUCAUUGGUUUCAGCCCCACUCCAGAAGAUACUUCAUUUAAUGUAGGCUGAUACUCCACUGCUGUGCGAGUGCUACAUAGAAUUCUAGCCCACAUAAAUCCCUCAAACACCACAGAUGAUCAUCCAAUAGGUAAAAAGGCCAUUCAUUCCAAUGCUGUUUUGUGAGACCUUAACAGGCAUGUAGUUGUGACUACACCUCAAGCUCCAAUUGAUGUCUACUCCUCAAUCAAAUUUCUUGAAAACUGAUCAUCUAGUCCAUUGCUGAUUGUCGGAAAAAUCCAUGUGACUCACUAAUGUCCUUCAGGGAAAGGAAAGCUGCCAUUCUCACCUGGGCUGGCCUACAUGUGACUCCAA